GACGAGAAAAGCUUCAGCUCUCUCAGUUCUUGGACUCGUCUCUCUCCGUAGCUACCCUAGCAUCUCCUUCUCCUCAGCUAGCAGAUGGCCACCGUGCGGCCGCCGCACCUAGCUCCUCCACGGCCGUCGCCACCGCCGGUGGCUGCGCCGCCACGUCCGCCUUACUCAAGGUGUCGCACCGCCGCCGACGUGGACCGUGGAAGAAAGGAGAGCGUGGCGGAGUCGUGGUGCUGCCCCACGGAGGUCGUCGUCCCGGACACGGCCGCGAUCGACGACAGCGACGACGACGACGACGGGUGCGGCAGCUGCGUGGACGGGACUAGCCAAGACAGCGCGGGGCUGCAAGAGCUGGAGGAGGAAGCGAGCGACGUCGCCUUCUGGAGAAGCCAGGAAACCGCCAGCAGCAGGAGGCGUUUCCUUUGGCCGCCCAACACGAGCAGACCAACGACAGUGGCGUAUAGGGGUUACGUCCACGCCGGCGACGACUGCAGCGACGACGACGGCGACAGCGAUCCGGAGGUGGCGGCGGCUAGGCGGCAGGAGGAGGACCGCAAGUUCUGGGAGGCGUGCUUGGCCUCGGGCUACCCAUGAAGAGCUACAGAAAAUUGGAAAAGGAACGAUGAUUUCAAUGGUAGGCGGGGGCCACACCGUGCAUUUGCGUGUGCGCCGUGCGCGUGUUCUUUUUAAUCAAUUGUUUAAUUAUGGAUCCAGCGACCAUUUUGGGCAACAAGUUUGUGCUCCCGACGACGUUGCAGGAUACAAUUUGGCCAUGUGGGAGUAAAGUUUGGUAUGUGCCUGCGGUGGGUUACCUCUGAUCAGAAGCUUGAGAUGUAGUGCGUGUGUGUGCAGUGACAUUAGGACCCAGAAACUGUAAUGGCCACCAGUUCUGUCUAGUUUGCUCUUCAUCUUCUGCUACAGGCCGAAAACCUAACUCGGUGACUCGUACCUAACAAUUCAUAAUCUCAGUUACUACUAUGCAAA